UCCGCCUCGAUCAUCCAAGUCCACAUCUCCAAUCCACUCGUCGACCUUUGCUUCACAAAAGUCCGCUGCGAUCCGCCGUUGCGGAAAGGCAAACGAACUCACCCGCAAUCGUCUGGUCUUCUGCGCACCGAGCGGGUACCUGAGCCAUGGAUCACCAACUCCACCACAUGCCUCCGCCCGUCGCUCCGAAGAGGACCGCAUCUGGAUCCAUUCGUCCCAACAAUCGCAGCGUCUCCGAACCUCACCAAGAUAUCUCAUUUCCCAUCCCGCCAGAAGUCGCGCCGCAUCUCCAAGCGCUUCGAAGAUUUGACCUCGAGGCCGUCAUUCGAUGGAUCACGCUCGAUCGGCAGCAAGCGCUCAACAACGUCUCUCCUGGUGCCACCUCGCAAUUCCCCCAUGGAAUCCCUCACCAUCAGCCACGUCUCUCCGUUGCGUCGUCCAUCGGGAGACAGUCGACCACCUCGAGUAUCUUCUCUGCGCCACCAGGCCAUCGCCAAUCGAUUAGCUCAGCAAACACCAACUUCACCGUCCUCUCCGGGCGAUCCGAUCAAUUCUCCCCUGCCGGCGAGUUUCAGCAAUGGAACUUCGAAGGUCCCACUGCACUCCCUCAAGUGCCUCUCGCCUCGCAACAACAGCCGCAACGUCGGAAUCCCAUGAGUCCCACGGCAGCGCCCAUGUCUCAGACGGCCAACAUCGUUGGGAUUCCGCGGUCGUCCCCUCGUCCUGCACCUCGAAGCGACCCCGAAAAGAAGCAGAAGUACGUCUGCACGUCAUGCGAAGUCAAGUUCACGCGACGGUGGGAUUGGAAGCAUCAUGAGGAAACCGUUCAUGAGCGAUGGAGGAAAUUCCCGUGUCCGGACUGCAAUCAGGAGUUCUGGAGCGAGAACUCGUUCAACCAGCAUCAUAAAUCCGCCCACAAUUGUAAGAACUGCCCACACGCGACCUCCGUAAAACAGGAUCUCGAGAAGAGAACGGCAUGGGGCUGUGGCUUCUGUGCUGCCAUCCAUUACGCAUGGGAAGAGCGCUGCAAACAUGUCGCAACCCACUUUGACAAAGGCGAAUCCAAAGACGAUUGGAAGCACUCCAACGUCAUCUAUGGCUUGCUUCACCAACCGGAUCUCCUGGAAGCCUGGCGUGCGUUGCUCAUCUUCAAGCACGGCCAAUUCCCCGAUCCUCAACCUUGUUUCAGCUGGAAAGCGAAGGUCACCGGUCGUCAACAAGGCUUCCGGGAAUCGGGUUGCGGCCAACUACAAGACUUGCUCGAGUUUGCCCGUACCAAGGAAUCGGUACAGUCCGUUGUACAAAUGGCUUACGAUAACGGCAUACUUCAAUCGACUCCUCCCGUCCUCAAACUUCAACGACGGAACAGCAAUUUCCCCAUUGCUCUCGCCGACUCCCCUCAGGCUAUAAAAUCCCCCCAAAUGCAACCUCGAACAAAAUCCGAGCCAACUCCCUCCGUGAGCCCCCCCGAUGACUCUCCCGCCGCCCCCACCCCAACCACGAGCCUCCAAGACGCCUUCAACCCCGUCCAAGUCACCGUUCCCGCAAAUGCCGACCCAUCCGACACUGCGUCCGUCCCCAUGGACCAUUCCAUGUCCGGCACCGACCCCAACGACGCCUUCACCGUCUACUUCGACCCCAACCAAAUGCAUAUGAACCAAUUCGGAGGUCCUCUAUCAUCCCACCCAUCCGGCAUGCCUACAGCCGCCUGGGCACAGCAACAACACCUGUCGCAAUCGCAGCAUAUGCACCCCUUCUCCCCGUCCGGACCGUUCGCCAUGGGCAACAUGGCUGGCCUUUUCGUGGACAAGGACCUGCCUCCGCUCCCCCCUCACGAGAUCCCGCUCACUUUUGAAGGGAAUGAGGAGUGGAGUAGUGCCUAUUCAACGCAGAUCGGGGACGAUGACAGCAUUAUUCAACCGCAAAUGCCUACGUGAUGCGAGCGUGCAUCCGCGUCCAGAAAUCCGAUAACUCGGACCGAUUCCUGAACGAGGAGGUCUGGAUAUAAGGUUGGUAGUCCAGAGCGCCUGUCGCUUAGUCUCGCAACCUUCGUAGUUAGCGGGAAUGCGAUGCGAUUGCGCAUCCGACAAGUCUGUCGAAGUAGAUCUCCUGCGCGCCCAACAGUUAAGCUGGGUCCGAGCUUG